UAUGGCGGCAAUCUGAUUUGCAUCGAUUGAGCAGCGGACACAUUGAGAUCGCGGUUCAUCUUUUGGGUAGGGCAUGGAUGCGGGAAUUACGCGGUAGAGAAGAACAGGGUCCAAGAAGUAACACACCAAUGCGCAGUUAAAAAGAGAGCAAAUUGUAGGGUUUUUGUGAGCGCCGGCUCAAUGGCAGCGAUGAUGGCGGUGCCUCCCGAGGCCCGCGAGCGCGCCGUGGCGCUCCUCCACGACGCCCAAUUGCAUCCCGACGCCGCGGCCAAGCUCGAUUCUCUCCGGGAGCUCAGGGAGCUGGCGCUUCACAGGGAGCCGCGGCUUCUCCCGGAGCUCCUGCCCGUGCUGCUGGAGCUGCGCAACGAUCGCGCCAGCGCCAUCCGCAACUUUCUUGUCGAGAUCAUCGAGGAGGUCGGGCUCAGGCAAGUGGAGUAUGUUCCGGUGAUGAUGCCAGUGCUCUUGACAUUGCUCCGGGGCGAGCCGGCCUUUGCUCGGCGUGCUAUCACUGCUGGUACCAAUUUGUUUCGCCACACCUUGGAGUAUGUCUUGUUGAAGGGAAUUUAUACGAGGCAAGUGGAUAAGUUCAUGCAAGAUUCUUGGAUUUCAGUUCUUCAGUUCAAGGAGUUUGUGUAUCCCUUUGCUCAGCAGCAUGGCAACGACGGGGUACGUUUGCACGCUGUGAAGUUUAUCGAGACUGUGAUUUUGCUCUUCACUCCAGACCCUAGUGGUCCUUCGCAGCCACCGCUACCUGAUCGACUCGAUGGAACGUCAAAAGGGAUAAAUGUGUCUUGGAUAGUGUCUGGCCAUCCACUCUUAGAUGCCACAGCCAUGGGUCAAGAGGCGAGCAAAUCGUUGGGAUUGUUGCUGAACCAGCUGCGGCAACCUGACGUUUCGGCUCUUCCGGGUCCCGUCGCCAUUGUCAUCGUGAAUAGCUUGGCAGCCAUUGCGAAACGAAGACCGUCGUUUUACGGACGCAUCCUUCCUGUGUUACUUUCACUGGGACCAAGUUGUGAAGCGAUCAAAGGUGGUCAAGUGGCCAGCGUGGUUACUGCCUUGAAGAAUGCCUUUGUCCAGCUUCUAAAAUGCACGUAUCCUGCGGCAGCACCGUGGCGCGAUCGUCUCACUUCGGCACUGCGCCAGAUGAAUGCCGGAGACGUUGCAGACUUGGCAGUCGAGAGAAGCAGCAGGGGUGGCGAGAGAGAGUCGAGAGAGUCGAGUUCCCGCUCCAACCGAGUAAAAGAAGAGAGACAGGAUCCACGAAACAAGAGACCCCCACCGCAAGAAAAUGGCAAUGACGAAGAAAGCUAUGGAAAACGCUUGCGGACUACUCCGCCGCCCCCGGUUCAGCAGCAUUUUCACCCGGAUGCACCCGGAUACGCGAAUGGAGCGGGUCUACCUCCCAUACAGCAGAUGAUACAGAUGUUUGAGGCACUUGCGGCCAAAGGAGAAAUCGCUUCGAUCGAUUUGCUCAUGUCGAGGCUCCCUCCCGAUACUCUGGCUGAUGUCGUGAUUGUCAACAUGCAAAACCUUCCACCGUCUGUUCCGGCGGACUUCAUGGACAAGCCGCAGCUAUUGCCGCCGCCUCCGCCGCCGCCACCUAUCGAGCCCGUGGCUAUGGAUGGCAGGCGAGAUCCACGAAGGGAUCCCCGCCGUAUGGAUCCCCGUAUGGAUCCCCGUCGCUUACCAUCACCAGGUCCUCCAAUGGUGAUACCAAAGCAGGAGGACUUACAGCAGCCAGGAGUGCCUCCUGUUUUCAGAACUGUGAAGGCAGAGCCCGUGUCUCCGCCUGUAAUGAACAGCAGGGAUCCAAGAGCUUCCUUGAAAGCUACGUCCGUGAAAAUGGAACCGACGUUUACGCACGUAAAGUCAGAGCCGGACGAGGAUAUGGGGAUUCGGACCAUCUCAACGAUGUAUGGUGCACUGUAUCCUUCUAGUGAUGCCCUUGACGAUAGACAAGAAGCAGGAGCUUCCGGGGCUGGUUUGUCCAGCUUCCUUCCUGUGGUGACGUUAAGUAAUGAGCAACGGGCGACUCUUGGAAACUCUGCGUUGACACGCAUAUUAGAAGGAAGCAAAGCAGUCUCGGCCGCUGGGGGUGGUGGUUUGAGGAUCGCGUUAUUAGCGCGUCUGACUGCGCAGUCGGCUGAGGCUUUGAAUACUUUACAAAAGCACAUACUUGCGGACUAUGCGAAUCAUAUGGGUCAUGAACUUGCGCUACACGUUUUCUAUGAACUGUACCUGAUGCACAUAGCUGGUGGAGAUAGUAUAGAGAAAUACGAAAACUUUUUUGUAUCUUUGAGCCAGGGGUUGAAAGAUUCGCUACCUCCGUCAGACAAGUCUUUGAGCAAGCUGUUGUGCGAGAUCCCGUUGUUUCCGGAGGGAGCAUUUGCGCUCUUAGAAAGUCUUUGUAAUCCGAUCAAUGAGCCCAAUGGUGAUCGCGUUACACAGGGCUUAAGCGCUUUGUGGAGUCUCAUCUUGCAACGUCCGGCAGUUCGGGAGAGGUGUUUAAAUAUGGCUUUAGAGUGCGCUGUUCACGAGGUCGAUGACGCUCGAACAAAGGCCAUUCGUUUGGUUGCAAAUAAACUGUACCCUGUGACCUUCAUUUCACAAAAAAUUGAAGAGUUUGCCACUAAAAUGCUAUUAUCUGUUGUAAAUGUCGGAGGACAUAAUGUAGACAGUGAAGCUCAGGAACGGAGCACGCUACAGGAAGUUGCUCCCGGCGAUCAAGAAGCGAAUGCAGCCGACGGCGGGGGAACCAAAGCGGAAGCCCAACGUUGUAUGUCACUUUAUUUUGCUCUUUGUACCAAGAAACAUGCUCUUUUGGGCGAGCUAUUCAAUGUAUACGAUCGAGCACCAAAGCCAGUUAAGCAAGCAAUUCAUCGGCAAAUACCUGUUCUAGUCCGGACGGUCGGACAAUCUUCCCCAGAACUACUAAGUAUCAUCUCCGCUCCUCCACAGGGCUGCGAAAACUUGUUACUACAGGUCCUACAUGUUUUGACUGAAGGAACCACACCAUCGCCGGAACUUAUCAAAACGAUAAAACAGCUCCACGAGACCAGGAUAAAGGACGCGGUAUUUCUGAUUCCAAUCUUGUCGUCACUUUCAAAAGAAGAGGUUCUUCCAAUUUUUCCGCGAUUGGUUGAUCUACCACCGGACAAGUUUCAAGUUGCACUGGCGCGUAUCUUGCAGGGCUCUGCGCACACAGGUCCUGCUUUGACACCUGCCGAAGUGCUCAUUGCUCUUCACGGUAUAGAUCAGCAACGUGAUGCAGUUCCUUUGAAGAAGGUCACGGAAGCUUGCUCGGCAUGCUUGCAACAGCGAAAUGUCUUCAAUCAGGACGUUUUAGCGAAAGUCUUGAAUCAGUUGGUGGAACAAACACCUCUUCCAAAGCUGUUCAUGCGAACUGUCAUUCAAGCUGUUGGAACGUUUCGGUCUUUGGUGGGUUUCGUCAUGGAUAUUCUACUCAGACUUGUCAACAAGCAGAUCUGGAAGACUCCUCAAUUAUGGGUUGGAUUCCUCAAGUGCGCGAGCGAAACCACACCGCAUUCCUUUCGUGUCUUGCUACAGCUUCCAACCGCGCAGCUCGAGAACGCUCUCGUGAAGCAUCCAACGUUGAAAACGCCGUUGGCCGCGCAUGCGAGCCAGCCGGGUGUCCGGUCCUCUGUUCCCAGGUCGUCGCUGGUAUUGCUUGGAGUGAUCCAGGACGACGUAACAGCGGUCGAGGCGGCUAGUGCGCCAUCAUCGUCAGGGAAUGCUCCACAACAGUGAAAGGGAGGACACGCUCGUUCACACGCACACGGACUUCAAACCAGGCACUCAAUUUUGUUGAUAAAAUCUUUAAUGCGAAUAUACUACGUCCCAUCCA